UGGAUUAUUGUUCACAUGCCUUCGGAAUAAGUGCAGUACAUAUUUUCACAAGAAGAUUAAGUAUAUAAAAAAAAUCAUUUCAAACUACCAUUUUUAUUUCGUGCAAAAAAACUAAGACGGGAGAGCUUUUAUCUGAUGCCUAUGCAAAUGCAAAUUGUAUGAGAAAUGUUUUAAACAUAAUAGUUUAAGCAGUGAAGGAAUACGUUCAUGGAACAUCACGAAUGUUUUCUUUUUCAGGGUUUGUUUUUUCGGGUAAAAUCUGUCUCAUCAUUUUCCCAGAUGUUUCACGUGAAAUGACGUAGAUAUGAGCUCUUCGUUCUAGGAUAUAUUUAUUAUUGCCGUGUAUAUGUAUAUAGCUAUGCUCUAAGUGUAAUUGUUCUCUUCUUUUUUUUGAAAGAGUCAGGAGUAGGGCCGUGUCAAAAACUGGAUAUAUGUAAUUAACAAAUUGUGUCAAACGAUUCAUUUGGAACUAUUUUCAAAAUGGCGGAAGGAAAGGUUGCCUCCUGUUCAAGAUAUAUAUUGAUUAUUCUUAAUUUGAUAUUUCUGAUAACAGGUAUUCUUCUUCUAGGAAUGGGUAUCUGGAUUGUAGCUAGCGACAAGGCAAUGGACACUGUCAAGGAAAAAUUCCACCUGACCGUAAAUGUAGGGACACUGUUAUCUAUAGGUUAUGCUAUCAUUGGUGUGGGUUCAUUUAUGUUCCUUGUUGGAUUCUGUGGAUGUUGUGGAGCUAUCCGGGAAAGUGCCAUCAUGAUUGGAGUGUACAUCAUUUUUAUGGUUGUCUUACUCUGUGGAGAACUUGCUGCAACGGUAUAUACAGCCUUAGAAAAAUCUUCUAUAGAAACAAAAAUCCGCCAGCAACUUCUCUCAGAUGUGGAAAAUUAUAACAAUAAAUCCAACCUUGAUUUUGUACAAGCAAAGUUUGAAUGUUGUGGAGCUGACAACUACACGAAUUAUAGGAAUAGUAUUUACUUCACAAGUGAUGAUAGCAUGACUACGUUCGUACCUGACAGCUGUUGUAAGAGUGAUGGUAACAAAGGUCCUGUAGACAGAGAGGCAUGCCAAUCAGCAGCUAAAUCAGGACUCCCGAAUGACAACUUGUUUACAACGGGAUGUUUCAAUAUAAUAAAAGGUUUGAUAGAAGACAAUAGUGCUAUACUGAUUGGUAUAACGGCAGGGAUUAUAGUUAUAGAGUUACUUGGUAUCGUGUUUGCAGUAUUUUUAUGUAGGAACAGAACUGACUACGACUACUAUGACGAUUAAAAGAUAGAGGAACUACUUUUCUUUAAAAGAAAGAGAUUAAGAUUCAUAUCCACCUUUUUGAGGGUUUUGUUUAAAAGUUGCAUUAAAAUUGAUUUUCUGUAUAUUUCGAGAUAGAUUUUUAACUGCAAGGUUGAUAUCUUCGUCAGGAUUAAUGAUUACAUCUUAUGACAAAUUUAAAUGAUUUAUGUUUGCCUGAAAGCAGUUAAUGAACAGAUUACUCGGUUUGAUGUAAUAUAUCUCAAACAAACCAGAUCAUCUACAUUAUAAACACUCAUUAUAAUUGUGACUUUAAUUAUUGGAGUUUGACCAAUAUGUUUUAACAUUGCAAAAAUGUGCGUUUCUGUCCACAUUAAGUGCCUUAUAGGAAUGAAAUCAAUUGUGACCAAAGCUUUAUCAAUCCAUAGACAUGAAAGAAGAAUUGUCAAAUCAUAGCUUUUAUCAUUGAAGGUUGGUCCAUUCAGUAUAAUUUUUUUGAGUUUUUCGUCUGUUUCAUGUUGCCGUAACAACAAAAUAUUUGUAUUUCUAUUUUUAUUGCAAUUAUGCUGUUUACAUUUAUCUAAUAUUUUUUACUAAUAUAAAAGAGGUUCGAGUCUACUAGAUUGUAAAGUAAUUAACGAAAGUAAUUUUGUUCGAAUGUUACAUACUUGUUUUACACUUAUAAUUCAUUUAAAAGAGAAUAAGGAUACAUUACAUGUAUGUGCCAUUUAUUUCUUGCCUCUCAGUAACUAAUCAUUCAAAUAGUAAUUAAAUAAAUAAAUGAGAUUAAAUUACUUAUGAUAUAUAAAACAUUUAACAUACUCGUUUCCGUAAGUCUUUUUAAGACAAAAAAAAAUCAUUUACCUUUUGUGCAUGGGAAGAUAAAAAAAAAACAGCCCUAAAAUCUGCUUAAAAUGGGCAUUAUUGAGCCGCGUCACGACAAAACCAACAUAAUGGGUUUGCGACCAGCAUGGAUCCAGACCAGCCUGCGCAUCCGCGCAGUCUGAUCAGGAUCCAUGCUGUUCGCUGUCCGUUUCUCUACUUGUAAUAGGGUUGGUAAGCGAACAGCAUGGAUCCUGAUCAGACUGCACGGAUGCGCAGGCUGGUCUGGAUCCAUGCUGGUCGCAAACCCAUUACGUUGGUUUUGUCUUGACGCGGCUCAUAUAACGAUACAGCGCUGUAUAUACUGCCUAAAUGAAAGACAAACCUCUAGAAACGUUCAUUAGCACAUCUUAUUAGUCUCAUUCAUGCAUUUGAUAAAUAGAUGAAGGCACAAUAAAUAUUGCUGCAUACAGGACACCCUGAGAUAUUCUGAACUCAAAAACCGUUAAUAGUUUAUCGCCUUUACAUUUCCUUAAGUUUGUAUUGUUUGCUACAAUAUGGAGAUUUAUUGUAUACUGUAAUGUAGAUUUUGUCAGUCAACUAUAAUUUAUUGAUUUAUUUU